AACACACGCACACAUGUCUGUGUAAUAUAUAUUUUUUAAUACCUUAUUACAUACAUAACAGUGGUAACUAUCAUGAAUACAAUCUGUAAAACAGUCUAUCUGCCUUUUUCGUUGUCGUAUUAUCGUAUUUGUCGCUUUUAGUAGACGUUAUUAUAUUAGACAGUUCCUUUAUUUUUUUUAAAUAAAGAAAUAUAAAAAUAAUAUACGUCAAAAAAUCUUAUCAUAUAUCUGCUUCAUGAACGAUAAAUAAAUCGACUUCAGUUACAUCGCUGACUUAUUUAUAUAUACAUUUACAUCAGUCAUCAAUUUAAAGUAAAUAAAAAACUUUAUCCGAUUGAUUUAUAAAUUUGAGCUGACGUGGAAAAUUAUAAAAGCUUAUUGUUGGUGUCGGUAUAUUCCGAGUUUUUUUUUUUUUUUCUUGAAUUAUUUUUUUUUUCUACACAAUGGAUAAAAUUAAUAAUGAUGAGGAUACAGUAAUUAGAUUACUUAUCAAAGCACCAGACCAACAAAUACAUGACCAAAUUAUCAACUGUCAACUUUAUUGGAAUGUUGGACAACUCAAGGAACAUCUUCAUGAAGUUUAUCCAAGUAAACCUAAAAAAGAAGAUCAAAAAAUAAUAUAUUCUGGUCAAAUGUUGGUUGAUUCAAUGAUAUUGAAAGAUGUAUUCAAUCAAAAUUAUAAUUUAGAAGAAGAAUUAUUUAUUGUACACUUGGUUUGUCCAUCAAAAUCAUCGGGUGCGUCAACUUCAGGUUUACAAAUGUCUUCAAGUAAACCAAUAAGUGAUAAACGAAAUUCAAAUGACAAUGUCAAUAAUUCACAAUCUUUAUCGUCAUCAACAUCUACAACGUCAUCAAUAACGUCGCCGUUAACGUCGUCAUCAAUACAUACUAAUCCACCAGGAAUACAAAUGUCUCCAAUCCAGCAAUAUUACACUCAAUUAAAUACUCAACAAUUAGCAUGGAUGCAACAGGCUUACGCUCAAUAUUUGAAUCAAUAUAUGCAGUUAAUGGCUUCACAAGGGAUUCAAUUGCAAUCAGUGCCUUAUGCUCAGCCAUCAAAUUUGAAUACAUCAAAUAUAUUAAAUACAAGAGAUAAUAUUAAUCCUUCUUCAACUUCUGCAAGUACUUCGAGUACAGUAAACCCUGGUACUCCUUCUACAUCCAAUAGUAAUGUUGGAGUAGGUAGUCAAAAUCAAACACGUACACAGCAAGAUAAUAAUGAAGUUAAUGGACGAAACAAUAAUAAUAAUAAUAAUAAUAAUAAUAAUAAUAACAACAAUAUAAAUAAUAAUAAUGCUGGUGAAGACAAUGAAGCAGCAUUAAAUCGCGAUUGGUUAGAUGUAUUUGAUGUAUUCGCACGUGUCGUGGUACUGUCUAGUAUAGUUUAUUUUUAUUCAUCACCAUCGAGAUUUCUUAUUGUUACAUUCCUUGGAUUCGUUAUUUAUCUGAUACAAGGAGGUUUUUUCCGUGGACAACAAGUGUAUCUUACAGACAAUAAUGGCCGUGCAGAAAAUAAUAAUAAUGUUAAUAUCAAUAAUAAUAAUAAUGUUAAUGAUAAUGGAGGUGUUCAAGAAAAUAAUGUCAAUAAUCAAGGAAAUGAACCUGUAGCUGGACUAUUAGAUCAACAACCACAAUUACGCCAGAGAUUAAAUGUACAACAAUCAAGCAACACUGCAAAUACUAAUAAUAGUACAAACACAAAUGAAACAAAUAAUAACCAGGAAACAAGAACUAUCAACCAAAAUGAUGAUAAUGAAAGACCUGGUGCUUUAGCGUUCACAUGGACAUUCUUUAGUUCAUUUUUUGCUUCAUUAAUACCAGAACAGCCACAUGUUCUAUAAAUCAGUUAAAUAUUUAUUUAAAUUAUAAGUAAUGUCAUUUGAAAUUGAUUGUUAUUUAUUCGUGUUUCUAUUAUUGAUAUAUUUAAAUAUAUGUGCUAUUGCAAUUUUUUGAAUUUUUGGCACCAAAUAAUUCAAGACCCAAAGAGAAAAUAUAUAUAUGUAUAUAUAUAUACUUUUACGUAAAUUUAAUUUAAAUCUUUGUUCUCAAAUUGCCAGUUUUAUUAGUGAUAAAUU